AUGGCUAUAAAUAUCGAACAAAACUGCGAAUCUGGAAGCCAGGUGUACGGAGCCCUGCGCCGGGGAGUCUUCGAAGGAAGCAUCCACACCGCCGGGGACGAUUUCUACGUGGAACGAGCGAGCAACUUCUUCAACGGAAGCGCACCGUUUCACUCGGUCCUCUACUCGGCCAGGGACGUCCAGUUCCCGCUCGAAGGAACCGGCGGAAGCCAACGACGCCGCCAAUGGUGCGGCCUCUACGGGCACCGGGAGCGUUGGAUGAACCGGGUCCUCGACUCGUUCGGCAAGAGAAAAGUCAAGGAAGCCGACACGAAACAUCGAUACAUAGGCCGCCGACUCCACGGGACUUUGCCUGAAGCCGAGGAAGAGGAAGACACCACCGACGCCGAUCAAUCCGACUCCUCCCCGGAGCGGGGUGCCGUCAACGAGACCAAACGCCGGUCGCUGGACAUAUCGAGGCGCGUGUGCAACCUCCAAGUGAACAUAGACCACACGCUCUUUCAGAAGUUCUACGAUCACGACGAAGAUCCAACUUUAACCAGGGAACGGUUGGCGGAUCUGAUUGUGGCGCACGUGAGACGCGCCAACAUCAUCUACGGAGCCACGAACUUUGGGGGCAUCGAGGACAUCAGCUUCGUCGUUCAGAGCAUCAAGAUGAACGACACCUCGCACUGCCUCGGACUGUCGAGGAUCUCGAAUCCCUUCUGCGUCUCUGGCAUGGACUCGGCACACAUGCUCCACGUCGCCUCGCUGGCCAACCACGACGACUUCUGCUUGUCCUACACCUGGACGUACAGGGACUUCUCCGACGGAGUCCUGGGACUUGCCUGGAUCGCCAAGAGAGAAGCUGGUUCCGGGGGAAUUUGCGAGAAGUACCGAAUGUCCGUGGAGCUGGCCCCCGAUACCAAUAAAUACAAAGAGUUCCAGAUGAGCCUCAACACGGGAAUCGUCACGUUUCAAAACUACCACAACUUCGUGCCCCAGUACAUCUCGACGAUAACCUUCAGCCACGAGAUCGGCCACAACUUCGGUUCUCCGCUCCCCUGUAAUGUCCUUACCAUCGCCGCUGAUUUCUUGCCACCGCAGCACGACGACGGUGGAGCCUGCGUACCUGGUGGCUUCGCCGGGAACUACAUCAUGUACGCGUCAGCGACCAAAGGAACGCUGCGGAACAACGACAAAUUCUCGCCGUGCAGCAUCAGGAACAUCAGCGACGUUCUGGUUCCUUUCUUCAGCGGUGAAACCAACAGGGAGAACUGCUUCCAAAAUAUUAAAGAACAAUUUGGCAACUGCUGCACUUUUGGUCAAGAGUAA